AUGCCACCAGAAAUACUCCUGAAGAUUCUCUCCUAUUUAGAUGCUGCUUCUCUUUUUUGCAUUGGUUUUGUCAACAAAAAGUUUUUUGAACUGUCCAACAACAAUGCUAUGUGGUACAGGAUAUUCACAAAUGAGUCUGAAAAGAUGAAGAAGUGGAAGCCAAAGCAAACAGAUGAAGUGGCAGAGGGAGUGAACGCAGUAUCCAUUCAAGAAAAGCCAGAAGGGUACUGGAAGAGACUAUACUUUCGAAAGAUGACUGGAUACAACGAAAAUAAAUGGAAGCGACAAUUAAAAGCCAUCAACCCCUAUACUGGCUUGCCAAGACUAACAGAGCAAGUUUUGAGGGAUCUACGUGUUACAUGGGAGAUCACAGUAACUGAUAAACGAGGGCGGGAAAGCACAGUUCAGCAAACCCAUGCCUAUUUCUCUGAUUCAUCUGUAUCCGUGUGCUGGAGUGAUGGCAGUUGGCCUCCUUUUCACCAGCUCUCCAUGCUGCAGCUACACGGAGUAAAGCGGGUAGCGUUAGAUUGUCCUGCUGUCAACAAGCCCGGAUGGCGUUCCCUGAUUGCAAAGCAUGACCUGCAUGAUGUCCGAGAGAGGGGCAGAGUCAUUGGCUCAGACAAGCUUGUGAAUUUGUUCCAUUUGGCCCCCGGACUUAUUAUCGGACUGUGGAGGGGACAUUGCUCUGUUGCCUUUGUCAUGAUGAAUUUCCACUUCCACAAGCUAGUGGAAAGAAGCCUCCUUGGCUCGUCCAUAUGUCCCUACACAGUGCCUGAGGACAGACCUGCCUUUGAUGAUGUGGACCCAGAAUACGGUCUCCACGGAUACACAGUGCACAUCUUACUUCACAACACUGUCAAGCACAUCAUGUCUGGGCAUUUCUCUCAGCUCUUCUGCAAGACAGAUCAGAUUCGGGAGGGGUUCAUUCAGUUGAAUGCCAUCAACAGAAAUGACCUGUCUCAGCACACUCCUCUUUCUGGGAAAAUCGACCUGCCCUGGAAGACUGAGGGUCUGGAUGGGUCUGUCCAGAACUGCUGCAUGAUGACCCUGACUGUUUUGGAUGAAGCACAAAACCCCUUCUGGUGCGUCAGCACGCCAAUAACAAUGCUAUUGUCCAAACAAGAACCCGUGUCCUACGACUAUGGAGGCGAGCCCUUCUUCAUGAGGCACCAGGACUCUGAGGGAAAGGUCCGAGUCGAGCUGGUUUGGCUGGCAGAGCAAGGGCAGUUCUUCCUCACCAACCUUGUGAUUUACAUCGCCACCGCUAAAGUCAACAAGCACUUCGGAAGACAAUACUGACACUGCGCUUUGAAAAGUGGAAGCAGUCUUACUUUUUUUUUUUUUUUUUCGCUAAGAGUCGCUCAAUAUGACCAAACGAAGGGGUUGUACAUUUAUGGUCAUUUUGAUAUUUCUCUUUAUAAAGAAUUAUUUUAGCAUCUUUUUCCCCCUUGAUGGUGCUAAGCUGUUUGUUGUAAUGUACUAUAAUUAAUGUUCACUUUUAUAAUAAGUUGUCCCUUCAUAUUGAGCAUAUCAUUUUGGACAUAUUGUCUAUCUAUGGAUUUUGAGAAUUCAUUGAUUUAUUUAUUUUUUACCCUUUUUUGAAAAUAAUUUUAAACUAAAAAAAUGUUUUUUGCCAGUUAAUUUCAUGGCAAAAUAUAUUUCAAGUGUUCAUAGUUGCUAUACACAUUAUGGUCUAUUUUAUCUUUUUCUUUUAAUGAAGUUGUUUAAAUUAAGUGUUUGAGAUUCUUUAGGUACGUUUAGAGUAUGCCCUUAUGAAGCCAGUAUUCACUUACUUGAGAAGUAAUUUAUACUUCUCAGAAUGAACAUGGGACAGUGUUUCAGAAUGCACAUGGCACAGUGAUCUUGGGGACCUGUCAGUUCCUCCGUUCACAUGGCACAUUGAUUUAUCCAUUGUCAUAUUCUAAAUCUUUACUACUUCACACACAUUCCAGUAUCUGCAAUUAAGGCUAUUCUCUAUACACAUCGUACAUGCUCGUUUUGAAUUAGACAGACACUUUUCCAUGUUUUUGGUAUGUUACUCAGUUUCUUACUCAGUAUCGAUAUUGAAUUAUUUAAUAAAUGGAAUUGGAUGG